AUGCACCUGUAUGAUCGCCGACGAGUGAUAUCCAGUAGUGGAACAAGCUAUCAGUCAAUACCGAGCAGGGAUCAGCCGACCAGCCUCGCACCGAUCUCAGCCUCAGACGUUUCCGAGAUCUUCAAUUCCUGCACGCAAUUGGUCAAUCUGGAUCUAAGAUUCGGAAAAGGUGUUUCUGAAAUCCCAGCUUCCAUCCACAAUUGCCCACGCCUAUCCUCGCUGCCAGAAGCUAUAGGCCGGUUUGCCGCUCUUCAGCAGCUGCAUUUGAAGUUUCUUGAUCAGCUUACGGCUCUUCCGCAUUCCCUGGGGUUCCUUACGGCGAUGGAGGAGUUGAAAGUGGUUGAGUGCGGCAAUCUAGUCAACCUCCCCGAGUCCGUAUCCGCCAUGGGAGCGCUCACAACCCUCAUUCUUGACGGCUGCGUAUUUUCAAGCCUGCCCGGGGACAUCGGGCAGCUCCAGAACUUAGUCACCGUUGAACUGUUUUCUAGAUACCGUUCUCACCUGCCUGACUCGUUCGGGCAACUGGGGCAGCUGAAAGAGCUGGUCUUACACGAAUGCUUCGACCUAUUUCAGCUCCCCGCCUCCUUCACCAACCUCUCUUCACUGGAAACGCUACUCAUUUAUGGUGCAAUCACGCUUACACGCCUUCCUCUGGGUUUUGAGAAAUUAUCGAAGCUACGCCGACUAGAGCUGCUCAACUGCUCCGUGCUGUACCUGCCUGAUAGGUUCGGGGAGCUGCCGAGCCUGGAAAUCCUCAAAGUGCAAACGACCAAGAGAAACAACAGCGAGGAGUUUGAGCUGGAGGGAGCCUGCUUCCUGCGAGGGUUUCCCUCCUCCUUCAGGAUUACUCACACGCCUAGAACAGCUGAUCAUUCACGAUUCUCUGACGACCUAUUUGGCUCGAUCCUUCUUCUCGCCGCAUCCGUGACAACCACCAGAUUCGACGGCCACGAUUCUGAUUCUAGUAGCGAGGACAUUCUGCGAGACGCGAUCAGCAAAGCAUUGGACGAACCUCUGCCGUCGGAGAGUGCGUGGGUUGACACCACUUUCACACGUGCACGUGUGGUUACCGCUUCUUCGUUCGUCUCUUUUCGCCACGCGCUGGUCUGCAAGCGAUGGCUGCGCGUCGCCAGAUCCGUGCAUCCCGCGAUCGUCGUGCCUUACGACCGUUAUUUCUCAUCGCAGACUCUCGGCUCGCUCCUCGCCUCACCCACCUCGGGAUUCCCGAACCUUCGCCAUCUGCACCUCGGCGAAUUCGCGACGGACGUCGUCGAUCGCCACCUCGUGCGAUCCGUCUGCGACGGAUGCGGCUCGUCCGUGACGCAUCUCACGAUGCAUCUGUACGAUCGACGGCUGGCGACGCGCGUGCAGGAAGACGAAAUCAGAAGCGCUGCGCGCAACGGCCGUGCGGCGAUCUCACCGUCCGAUGUCUCCCAGAUCUUCAAUUCCUGCACGGGAUUGGUUGAUCUGGAUCUACGGCUGGCAGACGGCGUUCCCACGCUACCGCCUUCCAUCAGCCGCCUACAGCAGCUCACGAGGCUCAGCAUGCGAUCAACCUACAGCGUUACCGGGUUACCAACGGAAUUCGGCUGCUUGUUGCGAUUGAAACGGUUGGAGUUUGAACUAGAUUCUCUUGAAGCUCUGCCCGAUUCCAUCUGCGAUCUAACGGCUCUGGAGCAUUUGGAGAUUCAAAGGUCCCCUUUGGCCCACCUACCCGAGAAUUUCGGGCAGUUGCGAAACCUAAGGAGCCUCACACUCUCGCUUGUAGACGGUCUUCGUGAGCUGCCCGAAUCCUUCUGCGAGCUACCAGCCCUCACGCGGUUUUCGCUCCUGUACUGCUAUGACUUUUUGAAGCUGCCCGAAAACUUCCAUCAUCUGUCAAGGUUGGAAGCGGUAGAAAUCUCAACUUCAACCGCUUCAUUUCCUGACUCGUUCGGGCAGCUGCCCGCUCUGCAGGAGUUACGUCUUCAAAACUGGGAUUUCUCGCAGCUCCCAGCCUCCCUCUGCUCAAGUCAAAGCCUCCGUAGCUUAACCCUCAACAACUGUGGAAGCAUGACGGCCCUGCCUGAAGAUUUCGGCCAAAUCUCCACUCUAGAGUACCUGAAUCUGGAAAUGUUUGGGGAUUUUAAGAUUAUUCCAGACUCUAUCGGCCUUCUGUCUCAACUCAAGGAGCUGAAUGUGAUAGACUGCUGUGAGCUUUCGGCCUUCCCACAGUCUGUCUCCGCUAUGGAGUCACUCACAAGCAUCGUUCUUGAUGCCUGCAACCUUCACGAGCUGCCCGGAGACACCGGGCAGCUUUCAAGCCUGGUUUCGCUGAAGCUGUCCAGUAACAAGCUCGUGACUCUGCCCGACUCGUUCGGGCAGCUGGGGAAGCUGAAGGAACUAGUGUUUAUGGAAUGCAACAGUCUGCUUGAGCUUCCAAACUCCUUCACCAAUCUCAAUUCCUUGGAGACCCUUUUCAUCUGCGGUGGUGCUUCUCUUGUAGACCUCCCUCCGGGCUUUGAAACACUCCCGAAGCUACGUACUCUCUACCUCUUCAACUGCGUCUUUGCGAGCCUGCCGGACAGGUUCGGGGACCUGCCGAGCCUGGACUUGCUCAGGAUCGGAACAAAGGCAACGUACAGCCCAAAUAGGCUCGACACCGGCAGCGAAUCGGAUUACGGGCCUGAGCUGGAAGGUGCCUGUGCCCUCCAGAUGCUUCCCCGGUCCCUGGUUCGCCUCACGGGUCUGGUAGAGCUUGUUUUGGAGGGGUGUGAGCUGCUGGAGGAGUUGCCUGCAGGCAUGGGGGGGAUGGCCAGCCUUAGAGUGCUCCAGGUGAAGAAGUGCCCUCAGCUGCGGCACUUCCCGUCGCUGCUAUCCACUCCCAACCAGACUCUUACCCUGCAGGAGACUCUUCUACUCUGGACCCAGUACCUGCCAGAGUCCCUUCUUUCCCUCGGCCAACUCACCCACUUGAACAUCUACGACCUUCCAUCUCUCCAGCAGCUGAUAGACCCUCCGCUUGUGACCCACUCCCCAGCCCAUGCCCAAGUCACCCACAAUGACCAUUCUGAAACAUUUGAUCUCGAUUCUGAUGUGCCGGCCAGAUUGGAUCUCCUUGCUUCUCUGCAGCAUCUUCACAUUGCCCUCUUAAACCUCUCUGCACUCCCUGAAACCUUGGACAAUCUGGCGCAGCUGAGAGUGCUGCUGCUAGAAGAGUGCCCUGCCAUGGCCUCCCUUCCCGCCUCCCUCACUAACCUCUCCAUCUCCAGCAUCUCACACUCAACCCUGCCGCCCUCCGUCACCCUCCUCUCCUCCCUCAUCCGUCUCACCAUCGCAGACUGCCCUAAUUUCACCCGUCUCCCGGAUUCCAUCUCCCCUCUCUCCACCCUUGCCUCUCUCACACUCACACGCCUCCCUUUCCUCCGCCGCCUCCCCUCCCCUCUCUCCCUCCCCCGUCUCAUCACGCUCUCCCUGCAAGGAUGCAAGCGCCUGAGGGCUCUGCCCUGCGACUUGGGCAGUUUGUCCUAUCUGAGGGAGGUGGAUCUGGACAGGUGUGGGCAGCUGAAGGAGCUGCCACAGUCGCUGGUGGAUAGGAUGAAUGUGAUUACAGUGAAAGGUUCUUGGGGGUGGCACCUGUAG